AUGCCGCCGGCGUACUGGCAGGACCUCCGGGAGCUUGAUACGGACACGGCGUCCCGUCAGGCGGGUCUACCCGUCUUCCCAGACGAAUUGUUUCCUGCGGUUCCGCCGCCGCCGCAGCAGCAGCAGCAGGACGUGGAGGAGGUGGAGGUUGGCACUCCUGACGCAGCCGCCGACGAGGAGCUGGCGGAGGCACCGGCAAGACCGUACUCGGAGCGUCUUCAAAUCCUGAAGGCAGCAGAGCUUCCCCAGCUCGCGCCCUUGAUGUUCCGGCCCAGCUCCGGAAGCAGCAAUGGCGGGGCCGGGCCCGGGGGCACCAGCCGCCAGCAGCAUUCCUUCCCUUUUUACCCCUCCGCCACCACCGCCGCCGCUGGCCGCUCCGCCAAGCUUCUACUGGCGGCUCCGCAGAACUACAGCGCCGAUCUAAUCACGAGUAGCCUGGCGUGA